CAGCUGACAGGGACGCGGAGUGCGCCGAGAGAGGCGCGAGCGCUCACACACACUCUUCAGUGCAUGGGGCAAAAAAGAUGGCACGCGCUUGGAUUCUCUUCGGGGUUACACUUUUAUUCACCUUACCAACAGGCUUGUUCAAGCCAGUCAUCACUCCCAGUGUUCCUCAUCUGGUCAUUCUAAAAGGUGGCCAGCUCGAGCUUCGAUGUGAAGACAACACAAGGUUCCAUGCCAGCAGAUUGCGCUGGCACCGUGACAAAAGCAGGAGGGUCGAGGGAGAACGAAUGGAAGAUGGAGCCACUGUUAUCAACCUCACAUCCAUCCAGCCACAACACAUGGGCCGCUACACCUGCGAGAGCACUCAAAAUGGAGAAAAGAGCUCCAUCUACAUUUAUGUCAAAGAUCCGGAGAGCGCAUUUGUGCGUUCCAUGUUGAACGGCUUGCUAGUGAAAGAGGGCGAGGACUGCACUCUGCCGUGCUUGGUGACCGAUCCAGCUAUAACCUAUCUGUCUCCACUGACCUGUAGUGGCACCGCUCUGCCAGCCGACCUUUCCUUCACGUCCGACCCGCAGAAAGGCAUCAUAAUACAUAACAUCAGCAAGGCGUUCGAGGGAUGCUAUGUGUGCACUGGUCUCAUGGGUGGAACGACGGUGAAGUCGAGCCACUACGACGUGAACGUGAGACGAGUUCCAGAAUCUGUACCACUAAUAAACAUGUCCAGAUCAGAAAGGGUGAUCCUGAUAAAGGGCGAACCAUUCGAGCUCAUCUGUGCCACAUCUAACAUCAACCAUGACUUCAGUUUGACGUGGAGCUUCCCUUCAGGAACGAAUGCACUGGAGUCACAUGCCUCUCACAUCCUGCCUGGUUCCUGGGGUUACAAGCGCUUGUCUACACUCUCGAUUAGUUCCGCAGUGACGAGCGACUCUGGAAUUUAUCGCUGCCAAGCCCAGAACGAGAAGGGUGCCUCCUCUGCGACCAUUCACCUUGACGUUUACGAACGAGGCUUCAUUAAUGUAACCGAAGGAGAGAACAGGGCUGUGGACGUGCGAGAGGGAGAGAGUCUGACGCUGCGAGUGGAGAUGACCUCAUACCCCAAGCCAAGCACUGAAUACUGGUCUUAUAAUAACCAGGAGUUAAAAAACACCUCUGAACACGUUAUCACACUGCAUAACCAGCAUUAUAGAUACAUCAGUGAGCUGAAGUUGGUUCGUGUCCAUGGCUCCGAAGGCGGCAUCUACACUUUCUCAGCCGGUCAUAAUCACAUGUCUGUCAAUAAAUCAUUCUACGUCCACGUCAAUUGCAAGCCGAUGAUCGUUUCUCAGGAGGGGCCGAUUGAUGGACAGGUGAAGUGUGUUGCAUCGGGAUAUCCUGUUCCGAAAAUAUCCUGGUACUACUGUGAACCCCGACACACUCGAUGCUCUCAGCUAAUGAACGCUACACAGGAAGACGAGGACACGGCCAUAGUGACGGUGUCAAGGUCAAGGUUCGGCCGCACCAAGGUGGAGAGCCGCCUCAACGUCACCAAGGGGAGAUACCACACCUUGGAGUGUGUGGCAACCACACAGGGAGAACAGGCCUAUACACUCUUCUCCAUCAGCGAACGCACAGUUCCUCAUAAGCUCUUCACCCCAGUGCUGACUGGAGUUGUAACAGCUUCUGUAGUGCUUAUGCUGUUUCUAAUCGUGCUUCUCUACAAGUACAUGCAGAAACCCAAGUACGAGAUCCACUGGAAGGUGAUUGACAGUAUCCAUGGCAACAACUAUACCUAUAUCGACCCCACCCAGCUUCCCUACGAUCCCAAGUGGGAAUUUCCACGAGAGAGGCUGCGGUUCGGGAAAAUCCUCGGAGCCGGGGCGUUCGGGAAAGUGGUGGCGGCGACGGCGUAUGGUCUGAGCUCACCUGACACAGUCACCACUGUCGCUGUGAAGAUGCUGAAGCCCAGCGCUCAUUCCACUGAAAAGGAAGCUCUGAUGUCAGAGCUGAAGGUUCUCAGUUACCUCGGCAACCACAUGAAUAUUGUCAACCUGCUCGGCGCCUGUACUGUAGGAGGCCCGACUCUGGUGAUCACAGAAUACUGCUGUUACGGUGACCUGCUGAACUUUCUAAGGAGAAAGCGGGAUGCCUUUUUCAGCUCUAAAACAGGAGAUGGAUAUUAUAAAAACCUUCUAAGUCAGACACAGUUUUCAAGGGAAGACCCAGAAAAUGGCUACAUGCCCAUGAGGUCCUAUCAGAAGAAAUCUAGUCAAACAGAAUGGACUGAUGAUAAGGAUGACUUGUCCAUUGAUACUGAGGAUCUGCUCAGCUUCUCCUACCAAGUCGCCAAAGGCAUGGACUUCCUUACAUCCAAAAAUUGUAUCCAUAGAGAUCUGGCAGCAAGAAACGUUUUACUGACUAAGGGUCGGGUUGCCAAGAUCUGCGACUUCGGCCUGGCUCGUGACAUCACCAAGGACUCCAACUAUGUUUUGAGGGGAAACGCACGUCUCCCAGUCAAGUGGAUGUCUCCGGAGAGUCUGUUUUCAUGUGUGUAUACGUUUGAAAGUGAUGUUUGGUCCUACGGCAUCUUACUUUGGGAGAUUUUCUCUCUAGGUAACAGCCCAUAUCCUGGAGUUUCAGUCGGUUCCAUGUUCUACAAGAUGAUACAGGACGGUUACAGGAUGAGCGAGCCAGAAUUUGCUCCCAGUGAAAUCUAUGAGGUGAUGAGAUGGUGCUGGAGCUCUGAUCCUCUGAAGAGACCAACCUUCAGGAAAUUGGUAGAGAGGACCGAAAUGUUGCUUUCUGAAGCCACCAAACAUGUAUACCUGAAUCUCAACGCUAAUGGAGACAGAAGUAUCAGCGAGUCAUCUGAUUGUCCAGGCCUGCAGAGAACACCGUCUCAGAGGCUGAGCUCAGUGGAGAGCACGACAGCAUCGACCCAGCCUCUACUACUGGCCACCAAUGACGUUUUUCUGGAACACGAGACUUGCUAAGAGCCACUCACUUCCCUGCACUUCUGUUCAACUCAUACUUUGUUUAGCUUUUUUUUUUUUUUACAUUUUUCUAGGGUUAUCCAGUUUGGUUGGGAAAAAAAACUGUCUACAGUGGUUUACUUCAUUUCAUCAAUAUGUGCAAAUUUACAAUUUUUUCACAAUUAGUGCAAGUCAUACUGUAUUUUACCUGUUUCUUUCCUUAAAGAGUAAUUACACCCCCAAUAUAUAUUUUUUAAAUCCAUCAGUUCAAACUGAAAAUGAGAGGGACUACACCCUUACCUGUACCUACUUACCUUAUCCAUUUUUAUACAAUGGACUAUAUUAUAUAAUACUGAAAAUGACAAAUGACAUUACCUCUUAAAAUGCUACACAGCACUGCGGUUAUGUAACAGAUGUAGUAAAAUAACAAAUGUAGUGAAGUAGAAAGUACAGAUAUUUGCAGCAGGAUGUAGUGGAGUAAAAGUAAAAAGUAUCCACUACUAAAACUACUCAAGUAAAAACCUGUACCGUAACUAUCUGUAGCUACCGUAGCUAUCUUCCACCUCUGCCGCCUACCUGUGAACGUCCCUGCAACAUUGGUGAGAAGUUUGUACACCAACCAUAACCACAACUUUGGAGUGACUUUGUAGUGCUAAUAGAAAUAAUAUUUUGAUAGUCAAGAUAAUCUAAAUAGCGCUAUAGUUGCUAAUCAGCAGAAAGAUGCAACAGUCCAUGCUAGUACUUGUGUAUUUAUCGCUGUGACUUUUAUAGACGAUGUAAUUAUGUGUAAACACAUGUGACUCUACACGGACUCACAAGUCAUCACUAUUACUAAGGUGAUUAUUUUCAUAUAGCAGCAUGUACAGAAAUAUACUCAUAUUAUAGCAAUUUGGCGACAGUUAUAAUUUAUAACUUAAUUAACAGCAUGUCAAUUUAUAGUUACAUUUUGUGGAACGUCCAUGAGACAAGGUAGCUCUGGUUAUCAUUUAUAACAGUUACUGUCGAUACUCAAUUACCUCACUUUUUCUUUCUCUCCUGAAUAAACAAAACAUAGUUUGAUAUAUUACCUGGUGUUACCCACAUUGAUUAAAUACUGAUUCAAAUUUUACAGAAGUUACACAAAACAAACCCCAUACAUUUUGCUUACUCAGACAAAAUGUUCAUUGUGACGCUUGAAGCACUUGUUAGAAAUCUGAAAACCUAUUAUUUUUGUUGGUUAAUUAUAGCUAAAAUUUACCAACUAAGCUAAACAAGCAUGUUGAGUAAUUUUUAGGUUUAUGCAAAUAGCCACUGUUAUGAUUUAGCCAGUUACCUUAACUAGUUACAGUUUGUACAUUAGUUUGAUAGCUUAGCUACCUUUUUUUAGUCAGGUAAAUUAGCAUGUUCAUCAUUAGCAUUAGUUUUGCUUUCUUGGCUAGCUAAUGCUAAAGCUAAUGAGCUUUAGCUUUUAUUCAUUAGCUAACCGGCAAGGUUUUCAUAUAUUGCUCAUAAACUUAGCAAGCUAGCUCGUUUCAUUUGUUAAGAUAUGUUUACUUUAUACCCUUGAGUAGGCAUAUUUUUGAGUUUACCACGAAUUUCGUUUAAACUAAAAGUUUUUAUUUGUGCUUCAGCUUUUAUGUAAGAUUUUUAAGCAGUGUAAACACUUCUACUACAUGACUUUUCCAAUUCUGGUGGAGAAUCUAGAAUCUUUUAAACUAUCUUUCUGUUUCAAAGCUACUCACUGUCUCUGCGGUUGCAAUUUAUUAUUAACAUGAACCUUUAUACGCAUGAUUGCUAUUGAUAACGGGCCUUCCGUCCAUCUAGCAUAAAUUCAGCAAAUCAGCAGAGAGGUGACACGGACUAACAUCAAUUAAGGGUGUAAUUACUUUUUAAGAAGUACUCAUUAAACAACCUUGCAUAUAAAAUUAGCCUCGCAUGGCCAUUCUGGCUAUCCAGUGUUGAUAUGUUCAUCCACAUGCAGCUGGAUUCCAUUUCAUCGUAUUGAUUUAUCGCGGGCGGUAUUCCAAGUGCAUGAAUAGCUGAGUUGACACUAUCUUAAGAGUCAGCCCAUUACCCAAUAUUCAAUGUAGUUAGUCACCCGAGCAUUAGAUAAAUAUCAUUAGCCAUACUGGGGAUCAUAGAGAUUAAUGACCAACUGUCAUGAUGACAUCAUCUUGUAAGUAGUCAGUCAGUCCAUCAAAGCUUGGCAAUGUGUUUAAAUCUUUUGUGGAUUAGUGCUGUUUUAUCGAUGGUAAAUAUGCAGCGACGUCUCUGAGGUGUCUUCAGUGCUUGGCUCCUAGAUUUCCUGUGUUAUUACAGUAGCAACUAUUCAGUGAAAGUAUUUUUUAUUAUCUUUAUUUAUUUGAUCUGUCAUAUUCCAAAAGUGUGUUUUAUGUGUGUAAAGGAAAAAAAAGCCCUUUUCUCUUAGUGCCUGUGGUAUUACAAAGUUAAGAAUGUAACAAUAAAGUGAUUAGUACUUAAACGCUUUGCUUUCAAAUUUUUAUUUAUUUUUUUGCAUUGCAUGCUAGCAUUUUUUUUUAUUUGAUUUAUUUAAUAAAUGCUACAAAAAUGUAAAUGAAAAACUUUGAAACUGAGCCUCUGAACAAAAGCGAGUGCGAGCAGGAAAAUGUUGAAAUGUUAAACGUUAAUCAUUUGUGUGGAGUUGAAGAUUUUUUCUCCCUGCCGAUAGCUUGUAACGUUCGAAACGAGAGCCUUUAAAGAUUCUGUAAAUAUGUUUUGAAAGCCUUGAGGAAGAACUUUUCAUGUUUUGAUAGAGACUGGAAAUAAAACAAGAAUGAGUACAGAUUUAUGUGUUUUA